AUUCUACAUAUAAAUCAUACUUACUACAGGCUGUCUAAUGGGAUUCUGUUUAAUCUAAAUUUAUGUGAAUAAUGGUUGCAGCUUUCCUCGGUUUGUCAAACCAACGGUUCCUCUCGCCCCAGAGGAAAGCUGCAAACUGUGUAUUUAAGGGUGGACCCUGGUGGAUGCCCUGUGUUACUACGUCCCGAUCUCGUGGAAGAUAACACCCAAACACUGAGAUGGCAUCACAUCAUCACCCCUUUAAGUGUCCCCUGACUGAUACAGAUGACCAUAAGCAAGCUCAUCAACGACAGUCAGCUGGAUUCUGCACAUGCACGCACACACCCACGCACGCACACCCACAAACGCGCACACACACACACACACACACACACACACACACACACACACACACACACACACACACACACACACACACACACACACACACACACACACACACACACACACACACACACACACACAUUUUUUUAAUAUGCCAGUUGUAUUCUGUAUUUUUGGCUGCAUUGGAACUACUGUGGUGUAUUGUAUCAACUAGCGACAUUCUACUACCACGGUGUAUCAACAAAUAUUUCUUUAUGGGGACCAUACAAUUAUGUCUAACUGCAUCAUAUCAUUAACUCAUCAAUGCAAUAUUAUUCGUUUUUCUUGUAAUCAGGCUAAUACCCAAUACUCAUUGUGUAACUCCUUUCAAGCAUCACUAUGAAAGACUUUUCAUCCAACACGGAAUUGACACAUUAGUAUCUUUACACAAACCAAACAGGACCUUGUGUAAUCCCCCUUCCCUACCCUACCCCAACACCACCCCGACCACUGAUAACAGAUAAAAAGGAGAAAAAGCCUGCCAGUUCUGAAAUAGUGAAUUCAGAGUCAAGAGCUGGGAAUUGGCACAGACUAAAGUCUACAAAGUUAUGUUUUCUCAAAAUAACUUCAGGAGAGAUGGCCCCUCACGGGUUUCCAAUCUGCUUGACCAAGUACAUAGGUCACGAUUUGUUAUCCCAGUUCUGGGACUGCUAAAUGUUGUGCUGCUGGUGACUGCUGUGGUUCUGGGGAUUUACUGUAGCAAGACCCAGGAGGUAUACCUGCAACCUCUGCAGAGUUCAGAACACCUUCCCUACAUCCUGGAGCUCAACUACCUCCGGGAAAACCACAGCGAAGUGGUCAAAGCUACGAAGGCGGCUGAGUUGGCCUUGAGGCUGGAGGUAUCAAAGCAUGACGCCCUCAAAAAGCAGUUGGAGAAGCAGACCAGCCUCAACGAUGGCUCCCAGAGCCACAUUAACAGGGCUCGCGCGGAGAAGGACAAACUACUCGCUGCUGAUCAGCACAUGGAAAAGUCCUGCGGUCGUUGCCAGGAAGGCUGGGUUCUCCUAAAUACAAGCUGUUACUUCUUUUCCAACGUUCUAACGAACCAACCGAUCAAGAAAAACUGGCCAGAUAGCAGGCAGGACUGCAUCAGUCGAAAGGCGGAUCUUGUGGUGAUAGAGAGCUGGGAGGAGCAGGACAUGUUGAACGACAACGUCCCAAAAAUUACCACAUCCGUUUGGUGGGAGAAUGGGUUUUGGAUGGGCUUGACGGAGAUCUCUGUGGACAACAGAUGGGUCUGGACUAACAACGUUAUCCUCCAACCACCGUUCUACUGGAUCGAUGGGGAACCGAACAAGGAGGAUGAGAACUGUGCUGCUUUCCACCCGAGCAGAGAUGCAACACAUACGUGGUAUGAUGGACUCUGCCACAGACAUGUGUUUUACUGGAUGUGUGAGAUGAAGCUAAAUGAAGAAUGAAACCC